AUGGACACACUGGCUGACGACAAGGACACAAAGGAACGGGAUGUCUUGCGUGUUUCCACAGAGGAAAACCGGACCCACUUUGACCGCCAUCUUCAGCAGUCUCCUGGUAGACGCCAUUCCUUAUUGACAGAAGCAUUCAUCUCGAACUCAGAGGAGCUACGAGAGGAGGUGGCAAGCGUGAUUAGAACAGACAAUGGGCCGCACACUUGGAUGGCCGAAACAGAGACCGUGGAAGCGGAGGAGGAGCAGGAGAUCUCGGAAUUCGUCCCGUUAGAAACGGCACACUCGCUACGUUCAGGUAGAAAUGGUCCCCUUGAUGUCAAUGCGCUAGAAGCUGGCUACUCAGAGUUGUAUCAUGAGCGGAGUCCCACUGUGGCCGCAGACAGGCAGACCAAGAUCUCGCAGUUUGUGAUGGGCGUCUCUCUGCGGAUCGCAGGUUCCUCGGCCCCUGUGGCUGAACGUAGAGCGUCUCACGCACGCAUAAAUCCCGCCAGAAGCUCUGUGGAUGGCCAAUUGUCCAUUGGGCCGAGUUUGACUGGCGCGAGGUCGUUCCAAACGGUCCCCUCUGCGUCUGGCGCCAAUGUAUCCAAUAUCCACAUCAAGCCAAAUCAUGAACAAGACACUACAGCCAGAAUCAUCACGCAGCCUGUUGAUAUUGCCUCUCUCAUGGAUCCGCCGCGCGGGCCCGAGUAUGAGAACUAUUUGUAUGGAAACUCGCUCAUGAUGUUCAGCCCGAAAUCAAAAUUCCGCAGAUUUUGCUACAGAAUCGUUUCGAGCCCCUUGAUGAGUCCGGCAGUUCUUUUUUUAAUCAUUACUCAAACAGCUUUCCUUGCCUACAGACAAUGGAACCCAACACACGAAAACGGGUAUAUGCAAAACGGCCACACAUGGGCCGAUUAUGUCAUCUACGGAAUCAACUGUGUUUACACGCUUGAAAUUCUAGCCAAAAUCGUUUCUUUUGGUCUCCUAGAUGACCGGAUAAUGUUUGAAACGUUGGGCUUGGAGUACCCAAAGAGUAAAUUCUCAUACGCUGUCAGCUAUAUGUGGUCAAUCGUCCGAACCAACCUUUACGUGUGGAAAACAAGACGGGCCGAGAAACAAAGGCAACUACAGGCUACUCCGUUAGAGUCUUCGAGUGACAGUGGAGGCUCCCCACUGAUAUUGCAAAAGUACCUGAAAUUUGAGCAAAUCGAGCUAGAAGAUCUACCAGGAACUCUGAAUAACACACAUAAUGAUGUUUGCAAAAAUCCCAAAGGCGCCAGACCGCUUUCUGUUGGUUCGGAUUUUGCGGAUGUCAGAAGCUCAGUACCGAUGGAAGAAAUGUGGGAGCUUGAGCGGAAGCUCGCUCUCAUGAAUGUUAACCGUGCAUACCUCCGCAACAAUGGACAACGCCUUGACUUUACUUCUGUUGUGUGUUUUUGGAUUUCGCUUCCUUUGUCCUUAACGGCUUGGGACCGCACGAAAGGUUUCAUGCUAUUCAGAUCAUUGAGUACAAUACGUAUCCUUCGUUUGUGCAAUCUUACUCGAGGUACUAACAUUAUUCUUCGAAUGUUCCAAGCUGCCUUGCCACAAUUAACCGAUGUCGGCAUAUUCAUUUCUUGUUUCUGGGUGAUAUUUGGAAUUAUUGGAGUACAAUCAUUUCUGAGUUCAUUCUCCAGACAUUGUGUAUGGACGAACCCACAAAAUGAAGAGGAAACGUACAUCAAUUCGCUCCUGUUUUGUGGCUCGUCUAUGGACUCGGAUGGGGUACUCAAACCAUAUACCACUAGAGAGGGCAAAUUCGGCGAGAUAAAGGGUUACACCUGUCCUAUAAAUUCUGAAUGUGUUAGCGGCCAAAAUCCUUACAAUGGAACUGUGAGCUUUGAUAACAUCUUGCAGUCGAUGCAAUUGGUUUUUGUGAUCAUGUCCACGAACACAUUCGCAGACCUCAUGUACCAGACAAUGAGUUCGGACGGACUAUACGCUGCGCUAUUCUUUGUUUUUGGGAUUCUUAUUUUAACCGUAUGGCUCAUGAAUCUUUUCAUUGCAAUCAUCGUCACUUCCUUUCACACUGCCCACGAGGAGUCCAAAAGCAGAAGCAAGUCAUCAUCGCAGUUCAGUAAGUUUUCAAAAUAUUGGCCGAUAAAUUCCGAGCUCCAAGGAACUCAAACGCGGCAAUUAGCCGAAAAAUUGCCUUUCUUAAAGCUUUACUAUCAACUUGAGAUUAUAUUCAUUCUAUUGAUAUUGGCAGACCUAAUUGUGCAGUGCUUCCGCUCAUCUGGAAUGAGUGAUCAAAGGCGGCAUGCACUUUAUCGCAUAGAAGCCGCUUUCACUUGCGUUUUUUUGGCUGAAAUCGUUUUGAGGUUUGCUCUUCACAUGCCAUACUGGAGAAGGUUCUUUUUGUCUAAAAAGAACCUAUUUGAUUUAUUUCUUGCAGUCAUUACUUCAAUUAUAAUUCUUAAUCCCGUCAAGGAGAGAUUGGGGCAGGCUUACUAUUGGCUUACUGUGUUUCAAGUCAUGAGAUUCUACAGGGUUGCAUAUUCUUUCAGAUGGACAGGAGACCUUCUCAGGAAGGUUUUGCGAAACAUCAAGGCUAUUUUUGAUUUGGGUUUGUUUUACUUCAUUCUCCUUGGAUUAGCAGGAAUUAUUGCUGGAACAUAUUUCGAGGGUACCAUACCUGAGAGUGCAACUGACGACAAUCCUUACACCAUGCGAACUUUACCGAAUACAUUGAUGUCCUUGUACGUCAUCACUUCUACGGCAAAUUGGGCUAAUAUCAUGUACGGUUUACAGAGUUACGCACCGAAUGUUGCCCAACGUUCCUUCGGCUCAAUGAUGUUGAUCUUUUGGUUUAUUGUAUCCAACUUCGUCAUUUUGAACAUUUUCAUUGCCAUUAUUGAACAUGCACUUUCCGAGUCGCACGAAGGUCAAAGAAAGCACCAACUAAAAAUAUUCAUUAAAGAUAUGACCAAGAAGCUCCUGACAUUUCAAUCAAAGCCAGGCUAUCUUCGUCAACUCAAGCUGAAGAUCUUCAAAAACAACGCAAAUACGUCAGUGGAUACGGCUGUUACACAUUUAUUGCUCACGGGUGAAGCAGUUAAUGAGUUUGUCGAGAAAGAUGAACUGACUCACAAACAAUCCGUGCAAAUAGAGGAGAAACAACGAUCAGAUUAUUACGUUCUCAGCCUAUGGGAAAGGAUUUGUGAUCUUGUUAAAAAGCCCUUCAAUAACCCAUUUUACUAUCACGAAAUCAAGAUCCCCGAUGCAGAAACAUUCAAUCCAUCAGAGUUCGCCUCCAAAAUUAUUCUUGAGCGAAAGCAUUUGAUUCAAAGACAAGACGAGUAUCUAAAACAAAAUCCCUCCUUCAACAAAGUAUUCUACCUUCUCAAGCCUCGGCAUCCGAUCCGCCAUGUUUGUCAAAAGAUUGUGCCACUGAGUCAUGGUGAGAGAAUUGACGGCACUGAGCCCAACAUCAUUGUGAACGAUAUAUUUUCUGUUAUCAUGUUUCUCUCAAGUGUCUGUAUUGUUGCGACUGCCUGCUACUUGACGCCUCUCACGCGUCAGGGAAUAGUGAGCAAAAAAGGAAUAUGGAACUGGGGCGCCUAUGUUGACUUUGCGUACCUUGUCAUUUUCGGGCUCGAGUUUUUGAUCAAAAUUACUGCUGAUGGACUCUUUUACACCCCCAAUGCAUACGUGCGCUCCCCUUGGAAUUGGCUAGAUUUCACUGCUCUCGCGUCGAUUUUCAUCGAGUUCAUUGCUUUUAUGAUCGAAGACCCACAACUCAGUAGAGUAAUUCGAGGCCUCAAAGCUUUACGAGCCUUGAGACUUCUAACAAUCAGUGAAACUGCGAAGAACAAUUUCCAAUACACAAUGAUUUCCGGAUUCGGAAAGAUCCUUAGUGCUGCCAUGGUGGCGAUCGCUUUACUAUUCCCAUUUUCUAUCUGGGGGUUGAAUGUUUUCAAUGGUAGACUUGGUGUUUGCAACAACAGUCUGGAGUCUAUGGUUGGAUGUAUCAAUGAAUACGAAAGUGAGGUUUAUGAAUGGAGUAUCACCAGCCCGCAAGUGUACUCCAAUCCUUUUCUCUACAUGAACUCUUUUCAAAAGUCUUUCUCAACAUUUUAUCAAAUUACUUCCUUGGAAGGUUGGCCGGAAUUAUUGCAGAGUGUAAUGAAAAGCACUGGUGUCGGAACACCUGCAGUAGAGUUUGCAAGGCCAUUCAAUGGAUUUCUUAUCAUUUUGUUUAACUUUGUCAGUGUUGUGUUCAUUUUGACAUUGUUUGUUUCGGUCAUCAUUCAUAACUAUUCAAAAUUAACCGGGCGGGCAUAUUUAACGGAAGUGCAAAUACAGUGGUAUCAUGUGAAAAGAUAUUACAGCAAAUUACGAGCAUCUUUACGAAGAGACAAAACGAAAAUGAACAAAUUGACGCGAUUCUGCUAUAGGAUGACCGUUGAAAAGAACAGAAUUUGGAACAGCUUUAUUAAUGUCGUUUUGAUUAUUCACACUAUCAAUCUUCUUCUUGAAGCUUUUCCACCUAUUGUGAGCAUAGACAAUAGAUACAUCCUAUUCAUAUGUACUACAGCAUGCUUCUCGUUGGAUUCUUUGAUGUACCUCCUUGGCUUGGGAUUCAAACUAUACUUCAAAAAUAGGUGGCAUAUAGUCGCUUUAUUGAUCACUUGGGGUGGUUUCAUAACGACUUUUGUUAUGUUCAACCCUGGUAUGAGUUUUGAUAGCAUUUAUUGGAACUUCAACAAAUUAUUUUUAAUUGGUGCCUUGAUGUUCCUUCUUCCAAAAAGUGAUAGACUUCACCAAUUGUUGAAAUUCGGACUUGCAUCAUUUCCAAGUCUUCUUUCCAUGAUGUUCACUUGGCUCAUUGUAUUUUUGGUGUAUGCUAUCGCCAUGAAUCAAAUUUUCGGUUUGACAAAGUUGGGAAGCAAUACUUCAGAGAACAUCAAUUUCCGAACAAUUCCAAAAGCCCUUAUUCUCCUUUUCAGAAUGUCUUUCGGUGAAAACUGGAAUGCUGUCAUGCAAGACUUUAUUGUUGAAGAACCAUUCUGCACCACUUCAUCGACUCUGGGGGUGUCUGAUUGUGGUAACAAACAAUAUGCGUACAUUUUAUUCAUGUCAUGGAAUGUGAUAUCCAUGUACAUUAUGUUGAACUUGUACAUUUCACUCAUUCUUGACACGUUCAGUUACAUAGCCGGAGGUACAGAAUACGCUCAUCUCAUAAAAAGAUCAGAGUUGAGAAAAUUCAAGAAAGCAUGGCAAGUGUAUGAUCCUUGGGGAUCAGGAUUCGUUGCCCCAGAAGAUUUGCGGCCGUUGCUUUCCUCGGUUAGAGGUGCUUUGAGUGUUAAAGAGUUUAUUACUCAAGAAGAACAAUCUGUACCUGAUUUGUGUUCUCAAUGGAUUUCAAGGAACAAUGAAAAUGAUCCAUACAACGUUAAGGUGAAUUUGAAAGCCAUGAAUGAGUAUUUGGCCCAAGAAACAAAGCCAAGUUGGCGCAUGAAGCUCCGUGCUCAAGAUGAAUUCAUUGAAGAAGCUAUUUUGACAAUGGAGCUUCAAGGUAACAAUGGUAUCAAAUUCAACGAUUUGUUGAUUCAAAUUGCUUUGCACUCUUCAUUCCAAACUGACCAAUGCUUGAUCUUGUCUGAUUUCCUAGAGCAAAAAUUGUUUCAAAGGCGAUUACAAGAUAGGCUUCGGAAACAGAGGGCUUAUGAUUUAACCAAAUCUUACACUUGUCGUUGGAAAUAUCAACAGUACCGAAAUGGAAAGAUUCUGCGAGAGGAGUUCCUCAGCACUGUUACGUGA